AUGGUAGCCUCACGACCCAUUCGAGACAUCCGGAGCUCGUCACCCGUCGCCACCAUCGCGGCGCAGUAUAUGUGGGUGGAGCGCCGCCGUUGGGUCCUAGCCCACACUGCACGGCAAGCGCAACGAAGCGCCAACAACUACACCGACAAUGAGGCCAGCCCAGAGAUGGCCAUGGCAUUAACCUUGGAAGCCGACGUGUGCUAA